CAGGAGAUUUCCGCUGAAGUGCUCGAAAACCAGACGAAUCUGCAACAUGGAAAAAGCGAUUAUCAUCAGCAGGUGUGGAAUCGAACAGACAUCUGGAUGCCAAGCAAAGACUGCAGUGAUAUUUUAUUGCAUCACGGCUUUACCUGGACCUCAUGGAUCCAUUUUGCUGUUCAUCUGCAGACAUUCGAGCUGGAGCAUGAGUCUGCUUGGAUAAACGGGGUAUUCCUUGAUGGCGAUCCUCUCUGGCUUGCUAUAUAUUUUGGCUUCAUAGCAAUGAGUCUGAUGCUUAUGGAUGAGGAUGAAGUUUACGGAUGA